CGCGGAAGCUAGGGCUGGGACCCAGGCGUGGAGAGACACCCAGACCCCGCUGCUGAGCCAGGCACAGCCAGGGUGCUAUGACCCACUGACCCUUCCAGCCCAGAGCAAUGGAGCUAAAUGACUCCUCCCGGGUGGAUUCCGAGUUCCGAUACACUCUCUUCCCCAUCGUUUAUGGCGUCAUCUUUGUGCUGGGGGUGAUCGCCAAUGGCUACGUGCUCUGGGUCUUUGCUCGCCUCUACCCUUCCAAGAAACUAAAUGAGAUCAAGAUCUUCAUGGUGAACCUAACAGUCGCCGACCUGCUCUUCUUGAUCACCCUGCCACUGUGGAUCAUCUACUAUCACCACCAAGGAAACUGGAUUCUACCCAAAUUCCUGUGCAACGUGGCCGGCUGCUUCUUCUUUAUCAAUACCUACUGCUCCGUGGCCUUCUUGGGCGUGAUCACCUAUAAUCGCUUCCAGGCGGUGACCCAUCCCAUCAAGACAGCUCAGGCCACCACUCGUAAACGGGGUAUCUCUUUGUCCCUGGUCAUCUGGGUGGCCAUCCUGGCCGCUGCCUCCUACUACCUUGUCCAGGAUGAGACCAACUCAGUACCUAAUAAGGCCGGCACAGAAAACCUCACCCGCUGCUUUGAGCACUAUGAGAAGGGCAACGUGUCAGUCCUGGUGAUCCACAUCUUCAUCGUGUUCGCUUUCUUCCUGGUCUUCCUCAUCAUCCUGUCCUGCAACGUGGUGAUCAUCCGCACGCUGCUGGCGCAGCCCGUACAGCAGCACCAGACUGCGGAAGGCAAGCGCCGCGCGCUCUGGAUGGUCUGCACUGUCUUGGGGGUCUUUAUUAUCUGCUUUGUGCCACACCACAUGGUACAGCUGCCCUGGACCCUGGCCGAAUUGGGCUACUACACCAGUUUCCAUCAGGCCAUUAAUGACGCCCAUCAGGUUACCCUCUGCCUUCUUAGCACAAAUUGUGUCUUAGACCCCAUCAUCUACUGCUUCCUCACCAAGAAGUUUCGCAAACACCUCAGCGAAAAGUUGUACAGCAUACGUAGCAGCCGCAAAUGCUCCCGGGUCACCACGGACACCGACGUGGUCAUGAGUCUCCACCAGAUGCCCGUUGCUCCCCUCAAAAAUUAGUUCCUGAUGGUUGGGGUCAGGCCCGGAAUCUUCUCUCCCAUGGAUGUCACUGACUGGGCCUGGGGUAGGGGGGAAGAAGAGCGGGGGUCUGCCGUGAUCGCUUCUUCCCUGACUCUAGUGGCCCAGGCUGGUGGUUCGGGCAGGGCUGAUGGCUGUACCAGACUGCUGGAAAGGUCUAGAAGUAGGAGGUACUCCUUCACGGGGCACCUACUUUGCUAAAGCUGAGCCUGGCAGAGCUGCUGGCAUGAGGAGCAGCAGAGCUGGGGCCUGACUCAUUUCUCCCCACUGGGUCAUCGCCUAAGCCUUUGGUAAUGACUUCUGAGUGCUCUCGGCGGAGAUGCUGGGUAGGGAGCGGAACGCUGCUGCCUUGGCUCAUGGAAGGG